AUGUCACGCACCCUGUGUCUUGUGUUAGCCUUAAUCGCUCUCACAAAUGCCUUCUACCUUGGUAACUACUACGUGGGAUCGAUACCGUACAGAUUCCUUGACUCACAAAACGAGAACCGCUUAGCAUUUGGACCGCUCCGCAGUGGAAGAGAACCUAGCCUUGUCGACAAUUCCACGCCUGACCUGCAGAAGGAGAAAAAGGAUUCGGCACCGAUGAAGCGAUUCAAACCAUGCUACUACUCACCGAUCCAAUGUCUCAUCAAGAGGAAGUAG